AGAGGUUAUAUGAUUGCAGGAUGAUCGGCUCUCUGAAUUUCGCUGUGGCAAGCUUGUGCACUCUGAUAUGGAUCUCCUUAGCGAUGCCAUCCUCUUGCGAGCCCCUGCCUAUGGGUAACGACCACGCGCCCCGGACAGGACGGAACAAACCCUUCGGCUCGCCCGACGAGCUUCGCAGCUACCUCGAUGAACUCGGCCAAUACUUCGCCGUCGUCGGCAGACCCAGAUUCGGGAAACGUACAUUGCUGCCUCUGCUAGCAGGACCAUCGAUGAAAGAUCCAUCGAAUCAUCGAAUUGGAUUAGGAGCAGCAUUUCCACCUUUGGAUAGCUCGGACGUUUAUCGACUCGUUUAUUCACCAGAAAAUGACGUUUCGUAAAAAAUAUAAAUAUAUCUAAUAAUUUAAUUAGAUUAGUAAAUUGAUAAAAAUAAACGGAGUAAACAGGCAAAAGAAAUGAGGAUAAAAGAAUAGAUUCAACUCUCUAUAUUAUAUUUCUACAGUUAGAGGGCCGAAUUUUUUAGUUGUUCUUUUUAGAUAAAUUUUCUUUCAUUUAUAGAAGGGCAUCGUAUGGUUUCAAUCAGUGGCGAGAGCUUGCUUAGUGAUGUAUCGAUUGAUCUGACAUUUUACGUAUGAAAAUGGAUCGAUAGAUACCUACAAAGUUCGCAACAAACACCGUAAUAAUCGAUUAUUUAUCAUAGUUUCAAAUGGGAAAAUAUCGGUAUUUGAUCAUUCACGCCUCACUACUGGUUUGGUAACUAAGGGAAGUUUGAGGACGCCUUUAACAUAGCAUCACAGAAA